AUGGCGGGUUCGCGUAAAUCCACUCCAAGUCGUGCGAGAUCCUCUUCGGUGACUUCAAACGUGUCAACGACUUCAAACAAGCCAAAGGCAACACCAAAAUCACCGAAAUCUCCUAGAUCACCCAAGGAGCCAAAGUUACCCAAAGCACCAAAAGCAUCUGCGUCACCUUCAAAGCCAACAAAAACUGGCCCUGCCACACCACGCAAGAGCAAGAGCGCAUCUAAAGCAGCUGUUGAAGAAUUGACGCCCGCUCAAAUCGCUGCCGUUCAAGCGAGACCUCCAUUGGAUCAAUCAGAACGCAACAGUAUCCUUCCCGAUGAAGAUAUCCCGGUAAAGUUACAGGUUAUCCAAAGGGAAGGCGCCAACAUCAUUAUCGGUCGUGUCAAAUUACCCGCGCCAGUCAAGAAUGGACACGGUUUCAUCCUCAAACGAUUCGACACAAACGCAAUCGCUGCUUCUUCCAUGUUCCGCUUGGCUUAUCCACAUGCCUCUCUUGAGCAUGAAGCAGAAGAGAUGCAAUACUUGGAACAGAGAUACGAAACGGAUCUGGCAAAUGGUGGUCAUGCAAAAGUACCUAAGAAGCCACGUGGACGUCCAUCAAAGAAGGCCCUUGAAGCCGCUUCACAAGAGCUACAGUAUGAUGAAGUAUUGCCUGCAGGCAGCACAGGUGUCAGAUUGCAAGGCACUUGGAUCCCUUCUCCUGACGCAAUGAUUGUUGCUGCCGAAUACGGCUUAGAACGUUGGGCUCGUCCUUUGAUCGAGGCAAAGGCAACGGAAUCCGAUUCAGGUACAGCAAUCUUGACACCCGCCAAAGGCGAUAAAGUCAGCACGCCAACAAGCGGACGCAGCAAAAAGAUCCUUCAACAAGUGUUGGAGAACCCAACGGGAAGUCCAACCUCCAUCUUACGUGCAGCCAAACGCAGCAAGGAUGAUGGCUCACAAGAAGUUUCAGUCGAUCAAAAGAUCUUACAAAGCGGUCUUUCUGCUGAACAAAUUGCCAAACAGAUCAAAGACAGCCAAGCUUUGGCCAAGAACGUUCAGGCAAAAGGAGCAUCUUCAGGUUCAGCAUCACUCAAGAGAAGAGCAGCUAAUCAAAACCCAUCUGCUAACAACGAUGAAUUUGAUGAAUCAGAAGAUUACGAAAAUGCAAAUGUUGUUGUUCGAUCUCUACGACGUGGACAACGUGUUGUCAGAAGACGACCGAUUGCCACAACUGCCGGUGCAUUGGGAGCCGUUGGCGCAGUUGGUGCAGGAACGCUUGCAUGGGUAGCCGGAGGUAAUUUGGACAUUGCCGUUCAACUUGUUCAACAAGGCGUUCAAAAUUUGAGUUCUUGGUUCUUCUGA